AUGUCUAACAUCCCCGACCUCCAGCCUAUCACCGCUGAUACGAGGCGGGCAUUGUUGGUUCGAGGAAAAGCAAAGCUUCACCCCCCUCCUACCAAUGCUGUCUGGACAUCUGAGGCAUCGACCUCCUAUCAAUUGAACGCAAAGUGUCAAGAUUUUAUAACUCGAUAUCUUGGGAGAAGUCUCAUUACUCCAGACGACCCUAAUAUGAGACAAGUCAAUCGCAGGCUCCUGGAACUAGCCUUCGCCUACCCUUUCUUAAUGCACGCCUCUCUAGCUGUGGCGCUUACAUAUGACCGCCAUCUGAAUGGCUCCUUAAACUCUCAUCGCACUCUAGAAGAGUGUUAUCACUGGUCCCAAAGCACAGUUCUCUUGAACAAGCGGUUAAGGGAACCCAUUGAAACGAAAGACAAGGAUCCCAUCUGGGGUACUGCAGCUGCUCUAGCUGUCUUAACCUUUUCAUCCCCUGAUGCACGCACACCGGAACAGGCCUGGCCUCUAAAAUCCUCAGACUCCUCAGAUUUAGACUGGGUGCGUAUGAGCAAGGGUAAAAUGUCAUUGUGGCACACGGUUAAUCCACUACGACCGGACAGCCUUUUCUGCGUUAUGGCGGCUACCUACGCUCAGAUGGAUUCGCCAUUGCCAGAAGGAGGUAUAGAGGGUAUACCAAAGGCCUUGGCUGCCGUGUGUAGCCUCGAAGAAUCAUCUACGGCGGAAAAUAAUCCGUAUUUCCAUGCUGCCCAUGCAGUAUCCCGAAUCCUGGGUCUCCCGGAUAGCCAGGUCACAAUAGGUCUAACUGAAAUAUUUACGCGGAGCAUCCAUGGUCCUUUUAAAGAAUUGCUCCGAAAAAAGGACCCUGCAGCGCUAGUGUUGAUCUAUCUAUGGUACUGCAAAGCAAGUCGCAGUAUAUGGUGGAUUGACCUUAGGGCUAGAGUGGAAUGUCCUUCUAUUUGCUUGUAUCUACGACUAUGUCAUACAGAGAAUGAUGCUGUACGGUCAUUCCUUCCAGGAGGAGCUCUCGCCAAUAUGUUUAAUUAG